AUGACCUCUAUUCGUGCUCCACCACCACGUCUGGACGAAAGAAAAGAUGACCUCCACCAACAGUCCUUCACUUCAGAAGAGUCAUUUUCGCUCUCUAAUUUUAAAGUUUCUGUUUUUGAACGAAACGUCCCCAUCCUCCUUGCAAUUUUGUUAUUUAUAUCUGUUGCUUUAGUAGGCGUAACCGUUUUUGCCCUUUACUUAGCUCUUUUACGUUACGGAUAUCUAUCAUUUACUAAUUCUGCUGAGGUGAAGACGCGAUGCGGCAAUAUUCGUGGUGUAGAAAAAGACGGAAUAAUUCAAUUUCUCGGUAUACCAUAUGCAGUGCCACCUGUAGGCCCACUUCGAUUCAGAAAGCCACUGGACUUGACAACCGAUGAGCUAUGCAAGAAAGCUUGGAAAGCAGACAUUGAAAACGAUUUGAGGACUUUUAAUGCCUCUACUUAUCAGAAUGUGUGCACCCAACUUUUACCAAUCUCAGAUACUUUAAUUGGAAGCGAAGACUGCUUGUACUUAAAUAUAUUUGUCCCGGGUUCGUCCGGUAAUGGACAGCUCAAACCUGUUGUGGUUAUCAUUGGUGGACUAUUUUUCAUGUACAAUGCGGUUGCAGCAUCUCCAGCAUUUGGUCAACAACCAGACUUUCAGACCAUCAAGGAGGUCGAUGCCAUCCACGUAACUGUGAACUACCGAGUUGGUCCCUUUGGAUUUUUGACGAAUCCGGAGACGAAAACCUCGAAUUUGGGAAUGAGGGACCAGAUCGCGGCCCUAAGAUGGAUUCGACUGAACAUUAAGGCUUUUGGGGGCGAUCCCGUCAAGGUGACAAUUUUUUCUUAUGGAUCUGGAUCCACAAUCACUCUUGGUCUUCUUGGUGCCCCAUCUGCUCAACAUUUAUUUGAUAAAGCCUGGAUUUCUUCUCCUGCCGUGGGCCCACCUUCUUUACCAUUAUCUUCGGCAGUGGUCGAUUCAGCUAAGUUAUUCGACUGCUCAAACCCCAAUGUGCCCAAUUGCUUUUCAAAGUUGAGCAGUGAAGAGAUUGCUCGUAUUUGGAACUGGAGCGUCAUUGAACCAUGGAUCCGUUACAACAUGUUCGGGUUACCAUCAGCUUCACCGAAGGCUUGUUUACCUGGCGUUCCAUGCGACUCUGGCCUUUUGGUUAUUGAUGGUGAAUUGAUAUUGGACAAGAAUUGGGGUUUUCCUGUCUAUUCUAUGCCGCUUGUGUUUGGACAAACAGCACACGAAGCUUCAACGUAUAUAACUCCAAACAGCGUUCGACUUUGGGAAGCAACUGCUUUAGAUUCCUAUAUUAGAAGCAUUUUCAAAACUUCAACCCCUGCGUACAGAGUAAUUGAAUCCUUUUAUAAAACGGCAACGAUAGAAAACAUCGAUAUUUCGUCAGAAAACAUGAUCCCACUCUCUGACCUUGAGGAUGUUCUCUCCAGAAUAAUUACUGAUAUCCGACUAACUUGCCCUUUGGAAUUUUUAACCGAAACUUUGCAAAACGGCCAAACAGUUUAUAGAUAUUAUUUGCGCAGUCGACACGCCCAUUUUGAUCCCUAUGGUCUGGAGUGCUUUGUUUCAUCGGACUUUCACGGUUGGGAUGCUUUUAUUUAUCUACGAAGUUACCUUUAUCAUCAAGAUUAUCUUCAUUCUGCCUCCAUGCUCCACAAACCCCCAGACUUCUCAGAAGUCAGCGAACUUAGUAAGCUAUUAACAAGCUACGUCAAACAAUUUGUUUGGGAUGGCAAAAUUAACGACUGGAGUGAAAGCGUUAGCAAAAAUAUCAACGUAUUCAAUAACAGUAAACUGUUGGUAGCUCCCACCAGUAAAAUUGCUAUGUGCAAUUCAUGGAAUAAAUUACCCUCAAUCGAUCCCUUUCAGUAUGCCUGGCCAGCUUAG